AUGGCACGUCAAGAGAACGAAGUCAGCUCCAAGGCCAGCAAUCAUAGCAAAUCUUCUGCCAUGAAUCUUGAGACUGUCCCAAGUUCAGUGAUUGGAGCCAGCGUCGAGCUUGAUGAAGAGACGAACAAAAAGUUGCUUCGGAAGAUCGAUCGAAAACUGAUGCCCGUGCUCUGCUUUACCUACGCCCUACAGUAUUACGACAAGGCCAUCCUCAGCCAGGCCGCCAUCUUCGGCCUGCGAGAGGACCUAAAACUCACCACUGGCAUCAGAUACUCCUGGGUCUCUCUUAUCUUCUACUUUGGCUAUAUCGCCGGUACUUAUCCCGCCUCAUUUCUCGCCCAACGAUACCCUAUUCGAAUCGUCUGCACGACCAUCUGCAUUAUAUGGUCUUUUGUGAUACUUUGCACACCGGCCUGUACUUCCUAUACCGGACUUCUUAUCAAUCGCUUUAUGCUCGGUCUUGUCGAGGCAGGUGUAUCACCUAUCUUCAUGCUCGUCGUAGGCCUCUGGUAUACGCACUCGGAGCAGGUCUCGCGAUCUAGUUGGUGGUAUUCCUGCAGCGGAGGAUCUCUUCUUAUCUCACCCUUGAUCAAUUACGGACUUGGCCACAUCAAAGGAGGCGCUCUCAACUCCUGGCAGUGGAUGUACAUCAUCGCCGGACUUGCUACUCUGGCUUGGGGUAUUGCACUUUGGUGGCUGUUCCCUGAUAGCCCCCAGCAUGCCAAAGGGUUUACAGAAGCCGAGCGCCACCUUCUCUUAGAGCGAGUUCGAGAAAAUAAUGCCGGUGCUGAGGAUAAACAUUUCAAGUCCUACCAGUUCAAGGAGGCCUUAUUUGACUAUCGGCUUUGGGGUAUUAUGAUUUUGUCUAUUGUGUCCUGCACAGGCUCCGGUGCUGUCACAACCUUUGGAACCAUUGUAUUCAAGGAUAUGGGAUUUGACGUUUUUACUUCGUUGUUGCUCAACCUGCCCAUUGGAGCCCUCGCUUUCAUCUGCAUUCUCGGUUCAGGGUAUAUUGGUAGGAAGGUUCAGAACUCAAGGUUGUAUAUCAUCGCCGGAGCAUGUCUUCCUGUCAUUCUUGGUUGUUCCCUGAUAUGGCAACUUCCAGACUCUAAGAAAGCAGGACGCAUCGUCGGCUUCUAUCUUGUCAACUUCUUUUCUUCUGCCUGGGUCCAGUGCAUUGGCUUGGGGACUUCCAAUGUUGCCGGACAUACCAAGAAAGCUGUGUAUGCUGCUUCGACGUUUAUUGGUUACUGCCUUGGAAACAUUAUUGGUCCUCUCAUGUUUGAUGCGAAAUUCGCCCCUCGUUAUGACGAAUCAUUCACUGGGAUCAUGAUUUGCUUUACGGUCUGUGUCUUUGCUGCCCUUGCACUCCGAUGGUUACUUGAUCGCGAGAACAAGCAUCGUGAUACAACUUAUGGCUCUCCCAACCACAGCCACGGCUUGGAAGAUCUGACAGAUCGGGAAAACAAAUCGUUUAGAUAUAGGCUAUAG